GCAAAAGUUCAAAAUAGCGUUUGAUAAGAGCAGGCACAUUUCUAACACAUUUUGCUCAGCAAAUUUUUCGAAUAUGAUACAAAUUCUGGUAACAUCAGGGCUAUAGCUAGCAUCAGUCCUGAGACCAUGGCUUGCCAUGUCACUGGUAGAUCUGCAUAUCCUGACAACUGGAGAUCAGUUGUUGGACAACGCAGUCCAGGCCAGUGGCAUCAGGGUGACUGUGGAUCUCCUCAGUACUACAAGGUGGACCCCAAAGAUUGCAGGGGCUUUCUGGGAGUUCAGGACAACAAUGACCCUCCUAAAAGUGAGGUCAUGGCCUUCUUAAAAGGGAAGGCCUUGGAGUGCCUCCGUGACCUCAGUGUGGAGGACCGCUGCUCAGCAUACCUCUGUUGGCAGCUCACAGCUCUGCUCUGCCAAAUGAACGGAAAUGUUACAGGCAAUGAUAUAGCUGAGCUCCUGCUCUGUAAGGAAACAGCAAAAUUAAGACAGGAGGAGGAAUCUACAGUCUACGAUUUGGUAGAUAUAGAUGGCAAGGCAAAGCGUAGGGCUAAGGGGACCCUUAGUGUAAAGGCUGUAGAUGUCAGCAAACCUGGCGACUGGAGCGCCGCAUCACAGCGCUUCAGGCAGUUGCUCUGUGCUGGCAGGGCAAAGGAGGCACUGGAAUACGCUGUCCAGAAGGCGUUGUGGGGCCAUGCCUUUCGACUGGCAAGCAGGAUGGGCACCACAGAACUGCAAAGAGUUGUGGCAAGAUUUGCUGAUUCUAUGGAGGAGGGUGAUCCCCUGAGGACUCUAUAUCAGAUAGAGUCUGGAAGAAUACCAGACGUUGCCACGCGUUGUGGUGAAAACUGGUACACUCAUCUGGCCUCUGUUUUGACUGCGGUGUGUCCGAAAGAUCUACGGAUCACAACAGCAAAAAUGAUGGGAGAAAGCUUGAGAUCGAAGGGCAUGAUGGAAGCAUCCCAUUUUUGUUUUGUGGCUGCUCAGAUCCAGGUGGGCACACUAUAUAAAGUGCCAUUAAAAGUUGAAAUUGACCCUGACCAAAGAACUCCUCUUGUUCUAGAAGCAACGAAGGUUCCACUAGCUUUCAAGAAGGAGGUGACGGCGGCAAAAGCCGAAGAUCCUACUCUCGCUGACAUGGAGGCUUCAGUGCCUAUCUCUGCAGGGCCAGCACAAGUGCCCAUCCCAGCACCAAUGACCAUUACCGUCCCAUUGGGAAAAGUGAAGCAGUCAUAUGCUGACCACUAUCAUCUGAAUAAUGAGACUGGACAGUGCAUAAAAACGACUCUGUCUGCUCAGGAGGUGAAGGCUGUCUCUCCUGCUCCUGAUGUGGAGGCUGCUCAAUCACAGUCUCUGAUAGAGCAGAAGCUUCUGAAACCAGCUGCUGAUAGUGUCACUGGCACUCCAUCACUCAGAGGAGUGAACACUGUGGAUCCUGGCAAGAUGGAGGCAGUGAGUCCUCCAGUAACAGCUGCCUUCACUAAGGAUGACGCACCAUCCUUUAAGCAGGAGGAGACAGCAGCAACAGCUGAAGUUCCUCCUCUCGCUGACAUGGAGGCUUCAGUGCCCAUCUCUGCAGGGCCAGCACAAGUGCCCAUCCCAGCACCAAUGACCAUUACCGUCCCAUUGGGAAAAGUGAAGCAGUCAUAUGCUGACCACUAUCAUCUGAAUAGGCCCAGGCGGAGGUAUGUGGAUGUAUUUGCAACAUCAGAGCUGACAGUGCAAGUCGCCCCACCCAACAUGCUGGACCUCAUGGCACCAAUGGCCAUUCCUGACCUCAUAGAACAUCAAGAUGAGACUGGACAGUGCAUAAAAAAGACUCUGUCUGCUCAGGAGGUGAAGGCUGUCUCUCCUGCUCCUGAUGUGGAGGCUGCCCAGUCACAGCCUCUGAUUGAGCAGAAGCUUCUGGAACCAGCUGCUGAUAGUGUCACUGGCACUCCAUCACUCAGAGGAGUGAACACUGUGGAUCCUGGCAAGAUGGAGGCAGUGAGUCCUCCAGUAACAGCUGCCUCCACUAAGGAUGAUGCACCAUCCUUUAAGCAGGAGGUGAUGGUGGCAACUGCUGAAGUUCCUCCUCUCGCUGACAUGGAGGCUUCAGUGCCCAUCUCUGCAGGGCCAGCACAAGUGCCCAUCCCAGCACCAAUGACCAUUACCGUCCCAUUGGGAAAAGUGAAGCAGUCAUAUGCUGACCACUAUCAUCUGAAUAAUGAGACUGGACAGUGCAUAAAAACGACUCUGCCUGCUCAGGAGGUGAAGGCUGUCUCUCCUGCUCCUGAUGUGGAAGCUGCCCAGUCACAGCCUCUGAUAGAGCAGAAGCUUCUGGAACCAGCUGCUGAUAGUGUCACUGGCACUCCAUCACUCAGAGGAGUGAACACUGUGGAUCCUGGCAAGAUGGAGGCAGUGAGUCCUCCAGUAACAGCUGCUUCCACCAAGGAUGACGCACCAUCCUUUAAGCAGGAGAGAGCAGCAACAGCCGAAGAUCCUCCUCUCGCUGACAUGGAGGCUUCAAUGCCCGCCUCUGCAGGGCCAGCACAAGUGCCCAUCCCAGCACCAAUGACCAUUACCGUCCCAUUGGGAAAAGUGAAGCAGUCAUAUGCUGACCACGAUCAUCUGAAUAGGCCCAGGGGGAGGUAUGUGGAUGUAUUUGCAACAUCAGAGCUGACAGUGCAAGUCGCUCCACCCAACAUGCUGGACCUCAUGGCACCAAUGGCCAUUCCUGACCUCAUAGAACAUCAAGAUGAGACUGGACAGUGCAUAAAAACGACUCUGUCUGCUCAGGAGGUGAUGGCUGUCUCUCCUGCUCCUGAUGUGGAGGCUGCUCAAUCACAGCCUCUGAUAGAGCAGAAGCUUCUGGAACCAGCUGCUGAUAGUGUCACUGGCACUCCAUCACUCAGAGGAGUGAACACUGUGGAUCCUGGCAAGAUGGAGGCAGUGAGUCCUCCAGUAACAGCUGCCUCCACUAAGGAUGAUGCACCAUCCUUUAAGCAGGAGGUGAUGGUGGCAACUGCUGAAGUUCCUCCUCUCGCUUACAUGGAGGCUUCAGUGCCCAUCUCUGCAGGGCCAGCACAAGUGCCCAUCCCAGCACCAAUGACCAUUACCAUCACAUUGGGAAAAGUGAAGCAGUCAUAUGCUGACCACUAUCAUCUGAAUAAUGAGACUGGACAGUGCAUAAAAACGACUCUGCCUUCUCAGGAGGUGAAGGCUGUCUCUCCUGCUCUUGAUGUGGAGGCUGCCCAGUCACAGCCUCUGAUAGAGCAGAAGCUUCUGGAACCAGCUGCUGAUAGUGUCACUGGCACUCCAUCACUCAGAGGAGUGAACACUGUGGAUCCUGGCAAGAUGGAGGCAGUGAGUCCUCCAGUAACAGCUGCCUCCACUAAGGAUGAUGCACCAUCCUUUAAGCAGGAGGUGAUGGUGGCAACUGCUGAAGUUCCUCCUCUCGCUUACAUGGAGGCUUCAGUGCCCAUCUCUGCAGGGCCAGCACAAGUGCCCAUCCCAGCACCAAUGACCAUUACCAUCACAUUGGGAAAAGUGAAGCAGUCAUAUGCUGACCACUAUCAUCUGAAUAAUGAGACUGGACAGUGCAUAAAAAUGACUCUGCCUUCUCAGGAGGUGAAGGCUGUCUCUCCUGCUCCUGAUGUGGAGGCUGCCCAGUCACAGCCUCUGAUAGAGCAGAAGCUUCUGGAACCAGCUGCUGAUAGUGUCACUGGCACUCCAUCACUCAGAGGAGUGAACACUGUGGAUCCUGGCAAGAUGGAGGCAGUGAGUCCUCCAGUAACAGCUGCCUCCACUAAGGAUGAUGCACCAUCCUUUAAGCAGGAGGUGAUGGUGGCAACUGCUGAAGUUCCUCCUCUCGCUUACAUGGAGGCUUCAGUGCCCAUCUCUGCAGGGCCAGCACAAGUGCCCAUCCCAGCACCAAUGACCAUUACCAUCACAUUGGGAAAAGUGAAGCAGUCAUAUGCUGACCACUAUCAUCUGAAUAAUGAGACUGGACAGUGCAUAAAAACGACUCUGCCUGCUCAGGAGGUGAAGGCUGUCUCUCCUGCUCCUGAUGUGGAAGCUGCCCAGUCACAGCCUCUGAUAGAGCAGAAGCUUCUGGAACCAGCUGCUGAUAGUGUCACUGGCACUCCAUCACUCAGAGGAGUGAACACUGUGGAUCCUGGCAAGAUGGAGGCAGUGAGUCCUCCAGUAACAGCUGCUUCCACCAAGGAUGACGCACCAUCCUUUAAGCAGGAGAGAGCAGCAACAGCCGAAGAUCCUCCUCUCGCUGACAUGGAGGCUUCAAUGCCCGCCUCUGCAGGGCCAGCACAAGUGCCCAUCCCAGCACCAAUGACCAUUACCGUCCCAUUGGGAAAAGUGAAGCAGUCAUAUGCUGACCACGAUCAUCUGAAUAGGCCCAGGGGGAGGUAUGUGGAUGUAUUUGCAACAUCAGAGCUGACAGUGCAAGUCGCCCCACCCAACAUGCUGGACGUCAUGGCACCAAUGGCCAUUCCUGACCUCAUAGAACAUCAAGAUGAGACUGGACAGUGCAUAAAAACGACUCUGUCUGCUCAGGAGGUGAAGGCUGUCUCUCCUGCUCCUGAUGUGGAGGCUGCUCAAUCACAGCCUCUGAUAGAGCAGAAGCUUCUGGAACCAGCUGCUGAUAGUGUCACUGGCACUCCAUCACUCAGAGGAGUGAACACUGUGGAUCCUGGCAAGAUGGAGGCAGUGAGUCCUCCAGUAACAGCUGCCUCCACUAAGGAUGAUGCACCAUCCUUUAAGCAGGAGGUGAUGGUGGCAACUGCUGAAGUUCCUCCUCUCGCUUACAUGGAGGCUUCAGUGCCCAUCUCUGCAGGGCCAGCACAAGUGCCCAUCCCAGCACCAAUGACCAUUACCAUCACAUUGGGAAAAGUGAAGCAGUCAUAUGCUGACCACUAUCAUCUGAAUAAUGAGACUGGACAGUGCAUAAAAACGACUCUGCCUUCUCAGGAGGUGAAGGCUGUCUCUCCUGCUCCUGAUGUGGAGGCUGCCCAGUCACAGCCUCUGAUAGAGCAGAAGCUUCUGGAACCAGCUGCUGAUAGUGUCACUGGCACUCCAUCACUCAGAGGAGUGAACACUGUGGAUCCUGGCAAGAUGGAGGCAGUGAGUCCUCCAGUAACAGCUGCCUCCACUAAGGAUGAUGCACCAUCCUUUAAGCAGGAGGUGAUGGUGGCAACUGCUGAAGUUCCUCCUCUCGCUGACAUGGAGGCUUCAGUGCCCAUCUCUGCAGGGCCAGCACAAGUGCCCAUCCCAGCACCAAUGACCAUUACCGUCCCAUUGGGAAAAGUGAAGCAGUCAUAUGCUGACCACUAUCAUCUGAAUAAUGAGACUGGACAGUGCAUAAAAACGACUCUGCCUGCUCAGGAGGUGAAGGCUGUCUCUCCUGCUCCUGAUGUGGAAGCUGCCCAGUCACAGCCUCUGAUAGAGCAGAAGCUUCUGGAACCAGCUGCUGAUAGUGUCACUGGCACUCCAUCACUCAGAGGAGUGAACACUGUGGAUCCUGGCAAGAUGGAGGCAGUGAGUCCUCCAGUAACAGCUGCUUCCACCAAGGAUGACGCACCAUCCUUUAAGCAGGAGAGAGCAGCAACAGCCGAAGAUCCUCCUCUCGCUGACAUGGAGGCUUCAAUGCCCGCCUCUGCAGGGCCAGCACAAGUGCCCAUCCCAGCACCAAUGACCAUUACCGUCCCAUUGGGAAAAGUGAAGCAGUCAUAUGCUGACCACGAUCAUCUGAAUAGGCCCAGGGGGAGGUAUGUGGAUGUAUUUGCAACAUCAGAGCUGACAGUGCAAGUCGCCCCACCCAACAUGCUGGACGUCAUGGCACCAAUGGCCAUUCCUGACCUCAUAGAACAUCAAGAUGAGACUGGACAGUGCAUAAAAACGACUCUGUCUGCUCAGGAGGUGAUGGCUGUCUCUCCUGCUCCUGAUGUGGAGGCUGCUCAAUCACAGCCUCUGAUAGAGCAGAAGCUUCUGGAACCAGCUGCUGAUAGUGUCACUGGCACUCCAUCACUCAGAGGAGUGAACACUGUGGAUCCUGGCAAGAUGGAGGCAGUGAGUCCUCCAGUAACAGCUGCCUCCACUAAGGAUGAUGCACCAUCCUUUAAGCAGGAGGUGAUGGUGGCAACUGCUGAAGUUCCUCCUCUCGCUGACAUGGAGGCUUCAGUGCCCAUCUCUGCAGGGCCAGCACAAGUGCCCAUCCCAGCACCAAUGACCAUUACCGUCACAUUGGGAAAAGUGAAGCAGUCAUAUGCUGACCACUAUCAUCUGAAUAAUGAGACUGGACAGUGCAUAAAAACGACUCUGCCUGCUCAGGAGGUGAAGGCUGUCUCUCCUGCUCCUGAUGUGGAGGCUGCCCAGUCACAGCCUCUGAUAGAGCAGAAGCUUCUGGAACCAGCUGCUGAUAGUGUCACUGGCACUCCAUCACUCAGAGGAGUGAACACUGUGGAUCCUGGCAAGAUGGAGCCAGUGAGUCCUCCAGUAACAGCUGCUUCCACCAAGGAUGACGCACCAUCCUUUAAGCAGGAGGAGACAGCAGCAACUGCCGAAGAUCCUCCUCUCGCUGACAUGGAGGCUCCACAGUUACAGACUCUCAUUGAUCCGUUGCCGGUGAAUACUCCGAAGCAGCCUCAUGUUGCUCCUGGCAGCAUGAAGGCAGUGAGUCUUCAAGUGAAGACUGCUUGCACCAAGAAUGACGAACUAUCCUUUAAGAGAUAUUGUAGGGGUUGGCUCUCGUGGAUAAUUCCUCGAAAGAAAGAAGCUCAUCUCCCUGAUGACAAAAACAAAUCUAUUUUUUGGGAUGAGUCUAAACAAAAAUGGGUGGAUCGGAAUGAACCAGAGGAAAAGACCAAAGCCGUCCCACCACCACCCAUGGGCCCUCCACUGAUGCCCCCCAGGAACACAGGCAGUCCAACAGGAAGUGGUGGUCCAUCUACUGCACUCUCCACCAAUGGACCACCAGUCAACAUGUUCCGAAGAAUUGGAAAUAAGAACCGAUAUGUUGACAUCAUGAAACCAAGUGGAGACAACACUAAGCCUUUGGAGUCUUUCGUUUCACCAAGCAUGCUGACCCUGUGGACUCCUGUGGUCAAGACAAAUAUAUUCAACCCAGCUCAAGUGAGUGCAGGGGAUAUGGUUGAAAGCGUUACACAGCCUUGUCCACCUUUGGCUGAGCUCUCAAGACCCCCUACUGAGACUGAGACUGUGCAUGACCCUGCUUAGGGAUUUUAAUCCUUCUAUAGAUCAACUACAUUUUGGUGCCUUACAGAAUGCAGGACAUUCUAAAAAACAUACAAAAGCCAGACACUUUAGUUUACUGUUACAAAAAUAAAUUUUCAUUCAGCAUCCUAA